CAGGCCGGGGUAGAAGGAGGAAUGUAAUGAGUGAGGACGUGGCCUGGAUUUUUUGCUCCGGGCUAUUUGAAAAUGUGGACUUUGCCAUUUGGAAAUAUUUAGAUUCAAAGAGUCUGGAAAAACUCUGUGACUGAAUCACUGAUUGUUUUUCAAGGGAUAAACAUCUUUUGUUUGUCUGCUGAAAGCUUUUGAAGAGUAGGAAUGGGUGCUAAUUUUACCCUCUGCUGCUGUCACUACUAUGUGGUGCAGAACAGAGAGGAGAAGAAGGCUAUCCUGCGCAUGAGGACCACUUCAGGGCGCAGACCACCAGAGCAGAUAUCCAGUGAUUCCAGUGACAGUGAGACAGAGGAGGAAAGCCUCUUUGGACCACAAUGUUUGGAGAAAAACCCAAAGAACAAACAGCAGAGUCAAAGAUUAACAGUGGAUCCGUGGGUUUAUUCCAACAGAGCAGACGGGUCUCUGAUCAGAUGUGGAUCGGACAGAGAGCUGCAGGCCUUCAUCAACAUGAGAGACCAGGCUGAUAAGGCAACAGAGGAAUGGGAGAAGUUGAAUUAUGACAUCCACACACUGCGCUACGCCAGGCGAGAAGUCAGAUCUCGAUGGAAGAAAAUCCUGCUACAGCUGGGUUAUCAAUGUGAGGUGGAUUCCCUGCUGUGUGUGAACAGGCAGAGCCAUUUCAGGCCAGAUCAAGAACAUUUUGGCAAAGCUGCUGACCUUUUGAAACAGCUGCUGGAUCACACCUCUCUGUUCCCUCCUAGAACAGAACAUCAUAACAGAUACCUGUAUGUCAUGGACCGCCUGGUGUCACUGGACAGUGCAGAGGACUUUAUUAAACUGGCCAAACAAAAAUAUCCCAAGAAAGAAGGCUGAGAGGCAAAACAAGCAGGAACAAGGAGAAAAGUUGAAAUAGCAUUUCAACUAUGUCUGCACUGUUAAAAGACUGAAGUACAGGGUUGAGCAAACACUUUAAAAUAUUUAAAUUUUACUACAUGUUGCUUCUGAAUAGUCAAAUAUUUUACAGUCUUUUAAAGCAGACUGAAAAAUCCUUCCUAUACCCUUCAGACCUUAGAUGAUUCCCUCCAUCUUAUUCUCAUCACUAAAAAUAAUUCAAUGUUGCUCUGCAGCCCCGAACCAAGACUUUUUUUCUGGAUUUUAUUCAAGAAUACAAUACAAUACAAUUAGGAGCAAAUCUGUUGUGCUCAUAUAAAAUCCUAAUAAAAUACAUAGCAUUUUGUAAUUACGAAGCAUUAGCGCUAUUUUCAACAUAUAGUAUUUCUCAUGACAAAUUUAAAAGAUCACAUAAAAGUUUUUUUGAAAAAAGUGUCAUAGUCAGGAGUGAUUCACUGUUUUUGUUUCAUAUAUAAUUUCUAGUUUGAGUUUAUCAGUAAAAACAAAAUUUCUAACAAUAUUUAUUUUUGCCACUUUGAAAGAAUCAGUAGUGUAUCUGUUUCAUUAUGCAAAUAAUAAUUUAUAGCAUUUUUUGAGUUUGUCUUUGUUUCUCAACAUAAUAAUAUCUGAGUAAAUGCAGUUGAUUUUUUUGUUUUGUGUUACACAAGCAGAACUUUAACAGUGAAAAAAAUUACGUUUUUUGCCAUUUGUAAAAAAUUAAUCUCAGUUUUUCAGACUUUUUAAACGCACACUCUAAAUAUUUACAUUGUAUAGAAUCAAUUUAUACAAUGUAUAAACUGCUGCUUUGUGUCAGUAGGGGGCAGCAUGUGUUUACAUCUCAGUGGGAUUGACUGUUUAGUUGACUACUAGUACAAUUAAUGUAGUUUUUAUUCAGAAAUUAAACAAAAAAGGAAAAUAAAUUACAAUUUGAGUCUAAAACUAACCCUGCAUUUCAUACUGAAAAGUGUAAAUAACAACAAAGUAAAGAGAAAAUACAACCAAUAAUUAAUCUGAAUUAAUCCCCAGAUAAUUGAACUUUCUUUUUGUAAAUUACUGAUGUGGGAUGGAUACAAAAUGACUUAUUGUGGCUAGUAACCACAAUAAGACAUUAUCCAAAAAAAAAAAAAAAAAACCUGCAAGUUUUUUUCUGGAUAA